UUUAAAUAGAUGUAAGUCUCUCGUUAUUUCUCUGUUUCUCUUGUUGUUGUUUAGUCUUGCAUAAAUUCCAUCCCCAAGCGUAGUUAGAAGUCGACAGAAUUACGGAAGUAAAAAGUAUAUGCUAACUGUUUUGCCUACGAAAUUUAACAAAGCGUUUAAAAUGAGAUUUUGUUAAAGGAAUUUAAGCAUGAAUAAAACAUGACUACAUUUCCUGUUAAUGCGCUCAAGCUCGGUCAUUGGCUGUCAGCUACGAGAAGCGCAUCAAGUUGCUUUCUCUCUCUCUCUCUCUCUCUCUCUCUCUCUUUUCUCAUUUCGCUUUCAGUUUAGCUCGAAGCAAGUUAACUUUGAUUUUCUCCCAAUCAACUUUUACACAACAACUCACAUAAUUUUUAUAUUUGAACUAUUUCCAGCAACAUGAAAUCACAAUAUAAUUGGAAAAUGGCGUCUUUUUUAAUCCUUUUUACUCUUCUUUUGGGGCACAUAGUCAUCAAUUUUGCGUCAUAUAACGACGAUUGCUCGAAAGUAGAUGGACUUUACGAUAGUGUUGAAGACUAUACGCCAAAAAUUGAGAAAAAACAAUCUAUAUUAAAGCAUGCUAAUGAUAUAGAAUCAUUUCCAACGAUUAGUCGAUAUAAAUUUAAUUGCUCCAAUAUUCCAAAAAUUAGAAUUGAGAGGAAAAUUGGUCAUGGCGUAACGAAACAAGUCUUCCUAGGUUCGUAUCUUGAAGAGAAAAUUGCCGUUAAAAUGGUUACAAGAAAUGUUAAAGAUGUUAAAACUUGUGUCAAGAAGGCGGCUCUCAAUUCACCUAAUGGCGCAGCAAGCCAUUCGGAAAGACAUAGAUGCUUCUCCUUUCCUAAUAUGAAAUUAAUGAAAGAAAUAUUACUACUCCAGCAACUAUCGCAUAAGAAUUUAUUAAAACUUGUGGGAUACUGCGUUAAAGGUGAAGAAACCGAAGCAACGUCACUUAGCGAACAUGGAGUGGUUGCUGUUUACGAGUAUGCCCUUCGCUUCUAUAUAUCAACAAUCCGAAAUUGGCCAUGGAAAUUAAGGUUAACAACCGCAUAUAGUCUUGCGGAUUUUCUUGAUUAUUUACAAAACUCAGCUAUGGGAUCUCUUAGGAUAAGCGAUUUUAAAGAUUCUCAUUUUUUGCUUAAGGAUAGUCAUAUCAAAUUAACAGAUUUAGAUGAUUUUACGGUUGAUGAACCGGCUUGUAACGACGAUGGAGAAUGUGACUAUAAUAUUAAUUGCCUUGGGAGCAGAUGUAUUGGAAGUAAUGCAAAAACUAAUAUGAAACGUUUCAACGACAUGUUCUUCAAGAAUUUACUAUUCCAUAAAAAUUCAAAGACUAAUAAAUCUUUGACAAAUAUCUUACAAAAACUGGAUCAAUUCGAGAUUGAAGCUAAAUCUUUAAAGAAAUUACUAUUUCAAUUAGAUGACAGCCCUGUAUAGGAUUAAACAAGAAAUAAGCAAGAAAGCACUAAUUAAGCCUACUUACUGUAUGAGUUUUUUUUUACUGGAUUUACAAAUAUCUCUCUUACCUCUUUCUCUCUCUUUUCUCUUCCCCUAUACAAAAUUUAAUGCAUUAAAGAGUAAGAGAACGGUAAUAGAGUGAAGAAAAAGUCCAUAUGUGAUAAAAAAAAACAAACUCUAUCUGAUAAUCGAAGAAGAGAGUUAACUCUUUCCAGGGAUAAAACAAUCAUCUUUCAAGAAUUUAUAUCUUAAAAGAUAUAUUCAAGAUUUUUACUUAUAAAGAAAUUUUGCUCAGCUUUCUUACUUAAACCUUUCUAACUAAUUACGUUAGUCCUAUUAUUGAAAACAGACAAUAAUACUCGUACGCAUGUACAAAUACAAUAUACCUAUAAUUCUCUUCGUAAAAGAAUAAUAGCGUGGGAAUAAAUACCUUUAUUUUAAAGGUAAUACUAGAAAAACUUACAACGCUCAUUGAAUUUCUAAAUUGCUUUAUUUUUUUUUCUUAAAAAAAAAAAUAAUACAAAUAAAAGAAAAAAAUUUACUAUACAAAAUCUUUAUUAAAAAUGAUUAUAGAGAAGAAAAAUUUAUCAAUUCAAAAUAAAUUCAAAAGCCGGAUACAUCGUCAUAGUAACGGAGGAAAAUACUCUAAAGGAUUAGAACCGAAAUAAAAGACCGAUUUAGAUGUAUUUAAAAAAAAUAAAAGAAUAAAGUAAAAACGUGAAAUCUUAAGCGGAAAUUCUGAUAUGUGACGCUUUUUGGAAAUAAAGCUUGACAAAAGUGACUAGUCGUAUUUGCUGCUGACGUCUGUCUUCUUCCGAUAGUGUUAUAUUUUCUUUUUCUUUUUUUUACCAUACUGUAUCAAUUGUAAGCGUUCUAACGCUCCUUUUAUGUCUUAUUUUACAAGAUUAUAGUAGAUAAUAUUUUAUUAAUUUGAG